UGUUUGUCCACCUCUAGCGACGCUCGUCGUUGGAUUUUUCAAUAUUUACUAGUCUUAAGUGAAUUAUUUACCCUAUUCUUUGCUCAAGUGAUGACGGAACUGAAGGACGAGAUCCCGAUUUUCCGCAAGGGCGAGAUAGUCCUCUGCUACGAGCCGGAUAAAUCGAAGGCCCGAGUUCUAUACACCAGCAAGGUUCUGAACGUCUUUGAGCGCCGCGACGAAUAUGGAUUGAGGUAUUACGACUACAAGAUCCACUUCCAGGGCUGGCGGCCCUCAUACGACCGCUCGGUUCGCGCCACAGUGCUGCUGAAAGACACCGAGGAAAAUCGCCAGUUGCAGCGCGAAUUGGCUGAGGCAGCCCAGCUGCAAAUCAGGGGGGACUACUCCUACAAGGGCACGCCCGACAAGCCGGUGGCCAAGAAAAAGCGCGGCACUCGGGGGGCCCACGCAGAAGACCCAUUGGCAGAUCCGCUGGACACGGGACACCCACCGGCGGAACAGGAAAUGGCGCCCACACAUCGCUCAGCCGGUGGCAACCGUUCGCGAGACAACAGCGGUGGCAACAGAAAGGAAAAGCCCGCCCCCGCCGAGGGCAGGCCAAAGGCGAACCCUCGAGGACGACCCACAGAGGCCAGCCAGCACCAUGAGAUCAUGGAUCCCGCUGCCGAGCGCUUUGUCCACCAGGAAGAUCGCAUUAUGAUGCGCGUCAGCGAGCGACUGCGCGAGCUAAUCGAGUACGACCGGAACAUGGUCAAGAAGCUGGGCAAACAGCACGCCCUUCCCGCCCGCAUGCCCAUCGUGUCCAUCAUGGAGAACUUCGUCAAGCAGCGGGCCGUGGAGCUGGCCAUUGGCAUCAAGCAGGACAGCUCGCGGGCCAGGAACACGCAGAGCCGGAAUGCGCGCAUGGAGCGGGAAUACGAUCGGGUCAUGUCAAACGUCUGCAUGCUGAAGGAGGUGGUGGAUGGCCUGCGCAUCUAUUUCGAGUUUCACCUGGACGAUCAUCUGCUGUACAAGGAGGAGAAGGAGUACAUCCACAACUACCUCACGGACGACAACAUGCGCAACUGCAGUUUGAUACUGAACAAGUCGUACGACUUCAUCAAUCCCGGUGGCGAAACGGAGCUGAUCUCGCUGGAUGGCACGCCCGUGGGACCGGGCAAGACCAACGGCCAGAUCGAUGGCGGCAUUCUCGGCGGCAAGGAGUACGAGAAGCAGCUGCAAAAGUGCCUGCUCUACAUAGUGAACAGCAGCGGGAAGAACACGGCGCAGGCCUACGAUCGCUCAUCGCCAUACACGGCUGCCUACAAAUUGCCACCGGAGAUGCGCGGCUUUCUGAACGAAACAUUCAACUGGCGGCUUCUGUCAGCGGAGUCUCCGCCGGAGAAGUCCAUGGUGUUUGGCGCUCCCCAUCUGGCUAGACUGAUGAUAAAAAUGCCCAUGUUCCUCAACGCUUCGCCCAUUAGCAAUAGGAAGCUGGAAGAUCUACUUCCCCACCUCGACUCCUUUAUCAACUACUUGGAAAACCACAGGGAGUGGUUCGACAAGGAAAACUAUGUAAAUCCCACCGCUUUGCCCCAGGACGAGCUGCAGCGCGAGCUGUUGAACUCCCUGGACGGCAUAGCCGCUUAGCUUUAGUCGAUCGUAGUUCUCUAGUUUAUUUAUUAUAAAGAUUAAAGCUUAUGUUCUUUUAUUUUAAA